GGGCUACCUGUUCCUUCCAUCUAGAUAUUUCAACAAGUUAUCUGUUUCCUUGUUUGUUUUAACACAUCAUUAUGCCAAUUAAUUGCAUAACCUAUUUAGGUGCGUUUGUGAAAAUUUUACGACAUUUCGCUGUACAAAUAAGGGAAGAGCCCAAUCAGAGACAUUGAAUAAUGCCACUAACAAUAAUAAUAAAUUACACUUUCCCGUCAUAUUGUCUCCUCAAUGUGAUUUUACUGAGUUCUUUCAAAGUAGUUAUAUCACAUUCCGAUAUAUCGAUUAUUCUGUUGCAUGCAUUUCAAUACGAUUCUUUGAUUAGAAUGAUGAUGAUAAUUAUACUUUGUGCGUUAUUUUUUAAAAUCUUUAGAUAAUAGUGUUCAAUAUGUCAAUGAAACAAUUAACAUUGGCAAUACUAAAACCAGAUGUUCAACGUUUUAUAAAUUAUCGUAAAUAUGUCGAAUCUGUGAUGUCCAAUGCACAACUACAAAUUAUUCAUAAUGAAGAGAUUUUUAUGACGCGCGAUCGUGCUGAAGUAUUUUAUGCUGAACACAAGGGUAAAUUUUUCUAUGAUCGACUUGUUAAUCAUAUGAUUUGCGGACCACUUGGAGUGUAUAUUCUUGCCGGUAAUAAUGCAAUAUCUGUUUGGCGUUCUUUACUCGGUCCCACUAAAGUUUAUCGAACAGUCGUAUAUGAACCAAAUAGUUUACGUGGUCGUUUUGGAUUGACAGAUACCAGAAACGGUUUUCAUGGAUCAGAUUCACAAGAAAGUGCAUUCAAAGAAAUUAAAUUUUUCUUCCCUAAUUUUAAUUGUGAAAGUAUCCUUUCUAAUUAA